UCACUUCUACACAUUACUUCUUGCUCCAUUUCAUUAGAUCAUCACAUAUAUUUCCUCAAAAACAAUCAUCUAUAUAAUGUCCGAAGUCAUCAGGACUUUGUCGUACCUUGGGAUGGAAACUGGAGCAAUGCAUGACUCGAGCUUUAUCAGAGAAGGAGAUGAUGAAUGUGAAUUGCAAUUAGCAGCAACAGAGAGACUACCUGCAUACAGACAAACUUCAAUAUCACUCUUUGAUGAAGAAAACCUUGUAAAUACCUCGACAGUGAAUCAGGAAACUAGCAAGAUGACAAAUCUUGAUGUCCCAAAGCUUGGAGUUCCAGAAAGACGCGCACUUAUAGACAAACUACUAGAGAAAAUCGAGGAAGACAAUCAUAAAUUGUUACUUAAACAGAGAAGAAGACUUGAAAGAGUGGGGCUUGAAUUUCCUCAAGUGGAAGUCAGGUAUCAAAAUUUAUGCAUAGAAGCGGAAUGUGAGGUUGUUCAUGGGAAACCACUGCCAACUUUGUGGAGCAGCCUAAAAAGGGUUAUCGCGGCUGCUACAGAUGUUAUAUGGCGGAAUUCUCAUGUGUACAAGAUCAAAAUCCUUAAAGAAGUAGAUGGGAUCAUUAGGCCUUCAAGGAUGACACUGCUGCUCGGCCAUCCUGGAUGUGGGAAAUCCACAUUGUUGUUAGCACUGGCUGGGAAACUAGACCCGAAUCUAAAGGUCACUGGAACCGUCACAUACAACGGUUACAACCUCAAUGAAUUUCUUCCUCAGAAUACAUCAGCUUAUAUAAGCCAACAUGACCGACACACUUCUGAGAUGACAGUAAGAGAAACCCUUGAUUUUUCAGCACGCUGUCAAGGGAUUGGUAGCAGAGCAGAUAUUUAUGAAAAAGUCUGCAGAAGAGAGAAACAAGCUGGGAUUAUUUCUGAACCUGAAAUUGACAGCUAUAUGAAAGCAUUAGCUACUGAAGGGCUAAAAGAAACUCUACAGACUGACUAUAUUUUAAAGAUACUCGGACUGGAUGCCUGUGCUGAUACAGUGGUGGGAGAUGCAAUGAGAAGAGGAAUAUCAGGUGGUCAAAAGAAAAGAUUGACAACGGGGGAAAUGCUGAUCGGUCCUGCCAAAGUUCUUCUUAUGGAUGAAAUAUCAAAUGGUUUAGAUAGUUCAACCACUUUUCAGAUAGUUACUUGCCUUCAGCAGCUGACUCACAUUACAGGAUACACCACAUUGGUAUCCCUACUUCAGCCAGAUCCAGAGACUUUUGGUCUCUUUGACGACAUUAUCCUGAUGGCUGAAGGUAUGACUUUAUACCAUGGGCCAAAAGAAUAUGUAUUGGAAUUCUUUGAGAGCUGUGGCUUCAGGUGUCCACAAAGAAAAGGGAUUGCAGACUUCCUACAAGAAGUCGUCUCAACAAAGGAUCAAGGACAAUAUUGGGACAAUAUGGAUGAACCUUACAAUUAUAUCUCUGCUCAAGACUUUAAAAGAAAAUUCAGAGAUUUCUAUGUAGGGAAGAAUCUGUAUAAUGAAUUUUCUCAUCCAACUGAUAAAAUUGAAAUCCAGAAAAGCCCUUUGUCCUUCAACACUGGCUCUGUCAAAAACCUGGAGCUGUUUAAAGCUUGCAUGGCAAGAGAAUGGCUUCUUAUGAAGCGUAAUUCAUUUGUUCAUGUAUUUAAAUCUGUACAGCUAGUUGUCACUGCAAUUAUAACAAUGACUGUUUUCAUUCGUACACGGACAACCCUUGAUGACAUCCAUGCAAAUUUUUACAUGUCAUCGCUAUUUUAUGCCCUCGUGAGGCUAGUGACCAAUGGUGUCUCAGAGGUGUCCAUGACUUAUUCGCGCCUUCCUGUCUUCUACAAACAACGCGAUUUCUACUUCUACCCUGCAUGGACUUAUGCUAUUCCAGCUUUAAUUCUGAAGAUUCCAUUCUCAUUCCUAGAUGCUUUUCUUUGGACAGUCCUCACCUACUUUGCCAUAGGUUACACUCCUGAACCUGAAAGGUUUCUUUGCCAACUUCUCCUCCUUUUUGUUCUACAUCAAGUAUCGAUAUCUUCAUUUCGUUUGCUAGCUACCAUGUUGCGGAAUCCAGCUUUUGCUGUGUCCUGCAGCCUUUUCUCCAUGCUAGUGAUGUUUCUAUUCUGCGGCUUUAUAAUUCCACAAUCCUCUUUGCCUGCAUGGCUAAAAUGGGGAUUCUGGCUUUCUCCUAUAACAUAUGCUGAAAUCAGUAUUUCAACAAAUGAAUUUCUUGCUCCACGAUGGAAAAAGGUCUUCUCUGCAAAUGUUACGAUAGGGCAAGCAGUUCUCACACAGCAUGGCCUCAACUAUGGUGCAAAGUUCUACUGGAUAUCCAUAGGAGCACUAGUAGGAUUUUGGAUAGUUUUGAACAUUGGAUUCACCUUCGCAUUAACUUGGCUAAGAUCUCCAGGAAGAUCUCGCACUGUUAUAUCUCAAGAAAGCAUAUCCAAACAGAAAAAAGGCUGCAACAUGAGAACAUUGUCUCAGAAAAACAUGUGGACUCAUGUGAGUUGUUCGCAAGCUCCUGAGGAAGUAAAACAACGAGGGAUGGUGUUGCCUUUUGAGCCUGUGACAAUAACAUUCCAGAAUGUGCAGUAUUAUGUCAAUAUGCCAACGCAAAUGAAAGAGCAUGGUUCUGAACAGAAAAGGUUACAACUUCUUCAAGAUAUUACAGGAUCAUUCAGACCUGGAGUUCUGACGGCUCUGAUGGGUGUUACUGGAGCAGGGAAAACAACACUCUUAGACGUUCUCUCAGGACGUAAAACUAGUGGUGACAUUGAAGGAGAAAUUAAAAUUGGAGGCUACCCAAAGGUUCAGGAUACAUAUGCUCAAAUAUCUGGUUACUGUGAGCAAACUGAUAUGCAUUCUCCAAUGGUCACUGUAAAAGAAUCAUUGGCCUUUUCAGCUCGGUUACGUUUGUCUUCUCAGCUUAGUGAAAGUAAUAAAAAUGAGUUUUUAGAAGAAGUUCUUCACAUGAUUGAACUUGACGAUAUAAAGGAUGCAUUAGUUGGCUUUCCUGGUGUAAAUGGUAUCUCAUAUGAGCAGCGAAAACGGUUAACUAUUGCAGUAGAGCUUGUUUCAAAUCCAUCAAUAAUAUUCAUGGAUGAACCAACUUCUGGUCUAGAUGCUAGAGCAGCUGCAAUUGUUAUGCGAGUAGUUAGAAAUAUUGCUAAUGCUGGAAGGACAAUUGUGUGCACUAUACAUCAGCCAAGCAUCAACAUAUUUGAGGCAUUUGAUGAGCUACUUCUAAUGAAGAGAGGUGGAGAAAUAAUAUAUUCUGGAACAUUGGGUCUUCAUUCGAGUGAUCUCAUUGAGUAUUUUGAGGGGAUUCCUGGAGUAGCAAAAUUACAAGAGAAUUAUAAUCCAGCAACCUGGAUGCUAGAGAUUACAAGUGCAUCUACAGAGGUUCAGCUUGGUCUUGAUUUUGGUCAUAUUUACAAAAGGUCUCAUCUAUAUGGGAAAACUGUGGAACUAGUUAAAGAACUGAGCUCUCCAGUCAAAGGCUUAGGACAAAUAAAGAAUUCUACUUGCCUUUCACAAAAUGAAUGGGAACAAUUCAAAGCAUGUCUUUGGAAACAGCAUUUGUCAUACUGGAGGAGUCCAAAAUACAAUUUGGUGCGGCUAACAUUCAUUACCAUGGUGUCUUUGCUGCUAGGAGGACUUCUUUGGCAGAAAGGAACCGAUAUCAACGACGAACAGGACUUGCUGAACAUACUAGGAACCAUAUACAUAUUUGUACUGUUCUUGGGAAUAGCCAACUGCUCAUCAGUUCAGUCAUUCAUAGCCACGGAAAGAGCUGUUGUGUGGAGAGAAAGAUUUGCUGGAAUGUACUCCUCUUUGGCUCAUUCACUUGCACAGAUGGUGAUUGAAAUUCCAUAUCUAUUUCUACAAGCAUUUAUAUUUGUGAUAAUCACAUAUCCAGCAAUAGGCUUCUACUGGUCUGUCAGUAAAGUAUUAUGGUAUUUUCACACGACAUUUUGCACCGUACUCUAUUUCACGUACCUUGGAAUGCUUCUCUUCGCCAUCACUCCAUCUCUGCAAGUGGCUUCUAUAAUGGCAACCUUCAGCUACACCAUACUGAGUCUCUUCUCCGGAUUCUUGAUACCUGGACCGCAAAUGCCGAAAUGGUGGGAGUGGUGUUAUUGGUUAUGCCCUUCAGCCUGGUCCUUGAGAGGCAUUCUGACAUCGCAAUACGGAGAUAUAAACAAGGAGAUCCUGGUAUUCGGAGAAAAGAAGGCAAAGACAUUAUUAUUAAUGAGAUGGGAGAAAAUCCGAAAUAAAAACGGAUUUUUUGGGUUCAGUUGUUUCCACAAGCAAUCAGAAAACCAUUUAAGUAAAAAUUCCAUGUUCAGUUGUUUCUCUGAAGCAGAUAUCAGCUGGAAAAAACUUGUAUGCGGUGAAGGUGGAUCGAACACCUGACCUCCAGAUCUUCAGUCUGGCGCUCUCCCAACUGAGCUAUCCCCGCUUGAUGUUUACAUUUUGUUUUACUGAAUACCUAACAUAAAUCCACAUGAUUACAAUCUGUGUCAAUAUUUC